AAAAUAGUUGAACCAUCAUACGGUGAUGGCGCUGCGUUGCAUGACACACGUGUUAUAUAGACAAACGUCUGUGAAUUUCUUCAAAAAGUAUCCAGCCGGCGUUCGAACAUUAUCCUUGCACAGUUGCAAUUUGGCCGCAAUACGAUCAAACACGAUGGCAUCCCAAUACAUUCCGGUUGAAAAAGGAACACCAAACUCAACAGAUUAUCGCGUUUAUUUCACCAAUCAAAAUGGAAACGCGAUUUCACCAUUGCACGAUAUACCGUUGCAUGCCAACGAUUCGCAAAAUGUCUAUAACAUGGUAGUUGAAGUGCCACGAUGGACCAACGCAAAGAUGGAGAUCUCCCUCGCGGAAACAUUGAAUCCAAUCAAACAAGACGUUAAAAAAGGAAAACUGCGCUAUGUUGCCAACUGUUUCCCACAUCAUGGUUACAUCUGGAAUUAUGGUGCAUUCCCGCAAACUUGGGAAAAUCCCGAGCAUACAGACCCAUCGACCGGAUGCAAAGGUGAUAAUGAUCCUAUUGAUGUACUCGAAAUUGGAUCACGCGUCGCGAAACGCGGUGAAGUGGUACAAGUGAAAAUUCUCGGUGUUGUCGCUUUGAUUGACGAAGGUGAAACCGACUGGAAAGUCAUAACCAUCGAUAUUAACGAUCCAAAAGCAAGCCUACUCAAUGAUAUUGGCGACGUUGAAAAAACGUUCCCUGGCCUCUUGAGAGCCACUAUUGAAUGGUUCAAGAUUUACAAAAUCCCGGAUGGAAAGCCAGAAAAUGAAUUUGCCUUCAAUGGUGAAGCGAAAAAUGCCACAUUCGCCACGGAAAUCGUCAACGAAACACAUCGCUUCUGGCAAGCAUUGAUCACAAAGGAGGCUACAAGUGACAAAAUCUCUUGCGCCAACACUGUUGUAGCUGAUUCGCCAUUUGUCAUUCCUCAGGCUCAAGCUGAUCAAGCACUUGCAUCGGCAAAUGAUGGUGGUGUUGCUGAACCAAUCCCCGAUACAAUCGAUACCUGGCACUACAUCACACUCUAGAUAUAUCAACAACCAUACACACAUUCAACAACCAGAUGCGCUUGGACGUCAAACGGAGAGCCACACAAACACAAUCUAAAUUGAAUCUGAUUGUAAAAUUGAUUCUCUCUUUCUUUCUUUUUUUUUUCGUUGAACAAAUUAAUAAAAUGUAUUAAACGUUUUGUCGUAAUUUUUAAAUAAAUUAUUAUCAAUGGGGUUUUUUGCUGUUUUGCUUAGCGACAUCUGUAGCGGUAUGAAAACCAUUUUUUAAAUAAAUCAAAUGUGCAUGCACC